AUGUUCGAAAGAUUUCUUCAUGAUAAGCAAAAUCAAUGUUAUCGAAGAUUUAAUAUUUCAUUUUUCAAAAAUCCUAAUAACAACACAUCAUCAUCAAGUCUUGUUGCUGAUAUGAUGAGACAAUCUGGGAGUAGAGAAUCAUUGAUGUCAAAUAGGUCUUUUUUCGAUCCAAAUCAUCAAAUCAUGUCAGGGAUUCUUCACUUUCUAAUUGAUCAUCAAAUCGUGUUAGAGACAGUGUUGGUGGAACCAGUAUUAGCAGAAAAGGAAUACAUUUCGUGA